AUGCAGGAUUCCACGGUGUUCAAUAUUAAAAUGUACCUCUUGGACGGAAGUUUUAUCAGUGGAAUUUUGCCAUACGUGGAGUACGAUAGCGUCAUGAAACAUCCACUUUGGGGUUCUAAUUUGAUUUUGAACAACGAAGAAGCUGUUGUUAAAGCCCACAGAGACUAUAUCAGAGCUGGAGUGGAAUUUCUGACCACCAACACUUACCAGGCGAGUAUCGAAGGCUUUAAAAAAUACUUGAACUUAAACUAUGAUCAGAGUUUCCAAUUGAUUAAAAAAUCUGUCACGAUUUGUCGGCGAGCAAUAAUGGAAGAAAGUUCUGGGAGGACAAUUCGAAUAAUGGGAUCUGUUGGUCCGUACGGCGCUUCACUGUGUGAUGGUUCCGAGUACAAUGGAAAUUAUAUAGGCAAAAUUGAUUCAAAAGAUCUGUACGAUUGGCACAAGCCUCGGAUCCAAGCCCUAGUUGAGGCUGGUGUCGAUGUAGUACUUUUUGAAACGAUUCCUUCGAUCGUCGAGGCUGACAUUUUGCUAAACAUACUGGCCGAGUAUCCAAAUCAAAAAGCAUGCUUGUCGUUCUCGUGUAAGGACAGCAAACACUUAAGUCAUGGAGAAACAUUUGCAAGCGCUGUUGAAAAGUUCUGGACAAAUGAUUCACGGAAACAAUUAAUUGCCAUCGGCAUGAACUGUAUGGACCCAAAACUCAUAACACCACUUUUGACGUCCGUUAAAACUGAGAAUGUCGAUUUCAUAACUUAUCCAAAUGGAGGUGGAGUAUGGGAUGCCGUUAAAAAAUCCUGGGAUAAUACUCAAAUGUACCAAGUUUCCAUCGACGAUCUAAACUUGUGGAGUGAAAAAGGUCUGAAAAUAAUUGGAGGUUGUUGUAACACUGGUGUAACUGAAAUAUCGCGUAUUAGAAACUUAAUUGACAAUUUAUCUUCCUAA